UCUUAGAGCGAACACAUCGAGAAGCUGAACAACAGCCAUCAGAAUUAACAAAUUCGACUGUCGGUCUCCAGCUGAAGUGAAAAAGAUAACAUUUUAAUUGGUGGCAAAAAUGCAGUGAGGAAAUAUUCAGUUUAAGUGAUUGCCAACAAGAAAGACACCUAUUUGCGUGCGAAAACAUUUAGUUUGGCAAUUGAUUAGCAAUCAAGAGCAAAACACAAACAUGGCAAAUGCUAUGCGUGGUAAAAGGUGCGGAAGGAGUCGCAUCCGAGAACUAAUCCUGACCCUGUCGCUGAUCACCAUGGCCGGGGACUCGAGGGCCACUCCCUUCGACACCUCCUUCUUCAUAGAGGGUGUGCAGUCCGAAGUGGUGAACCCGUUCAACCGCACCAUCCUGAACCGCUUCAACCUGACCGAGGAGCAGAUCCUGAGCAUUCAGAACCGGAGCAAUCCCAACAUGCGGGACGACUCCGCCCAGUCCUCCAACCAGCAGUAUCUGCAGCAGGUCGCCACUCAGCGACUUAACGACAUCUUCAAGCGCGUGCAAAAAGCCAUCUCAAACGAGCCCAACGGCAGCGCCUCCAAGGAGAAGGCCGGCUUUCCCAUUUGCAAUGCCGAGACAACCAGCCCGGAGGACUGGUCGCAGGGCCACAAUGUGACACUCCAGUUCGCCAGCAGUGUUUUCAUUUCCAACAACGACGACCGUCUGAGCAGCGCUCUGCUCCGCCUCUACAAGACCAAUCCUGGCCAGACUCGUGAACAAAAUCCCGGCCAGGCUUCGGCCCAGCCUAUCAGUACUGAGAACCCUGGCAGUACGGCACCAAAUUGCGCGGAGCAGCCGCCUGUGGGUCCUCAAAUCCGAGUCACCGUCUCCAUAGUCCACCAGCAGAGGAAGAAACGUAAGUUAGAGCGCAAGAAGCGCACUUGCAACACCGCUAUGCUGAGCAGCUCCUCCACCGGCUGGGUGGAGAUCGACGUAAAGUGCGCCCUUGCCUACUGGGAGCAGCAGCACCGCCAGCAACUUCGCCAACAGCAGCCACUGCAGCCCCAACUGACCGCCAGCGUGGUGGGCAUCCUGAUGAUCGAGGUGCACGACGACGAGGAGAAUCUGCUCAGGCCGGGUCUCUACUUCGCGCCACCCACUUGCGACCAGGCAGACAUUGCUGUCCCAUGGAGCGUUUACCGAACAGAACCGUUUAAGUCUCAUCUGGCGAGUUGGACAUUGCCAAGAAAACCAAGGCUAGACAUCUUCUUCAACGGUAGCAACUCCAUGAAGAGCACCUACAUCACCCCCAAGAGCAGAGCGUUUAUUGAAUCCACCACAUCCAAUUCACCCACGAUCGACAACCAGCUGGACGAGAGCGGCGAGCACGAGAGCCAGCAUCAGGUGCGCGUCAACCUGGUUCACCACCGGCGGCACCACCACAACCACCAGCAGCCGGAAUCGGACUCGGAGUCCGCACAACUUGAGGCCGAAAUCGAGGCGAAGGAGCUGAUGUCCUCGGCGAGCAACAGUGAACAGCAAAUGGAGCCCAUCUCGAACCACCACCGACAUCGGACUGGCCACCAUCAUCCGCACCAGCUGCACCAGCACCACCACCAUCGCCACACCAAGCACCACAGGAUUCCAACCCACAAGAUGGAAUAGAUGUCACAAUCACGCGCCAUCGAUUCCCCAUGUUCUCUCACCCGGACUCAUGCUGGUCUUAAAAUAAUGUCUUGUUUUAUAUUUGUAACUUUAGGGCCAGUUGACUUAAUUAGUUUUUAGUUCAUCGGUUUUCCUACCGCGUAACCUUAUUUAAAUUAUAUUUUAAGUUUCGUUGUAAGCAGUGCCCAUUUUCGGUCGAAAUUUGAUUUUAUUGUUAAAUCUCCUUUACACUAGAAGCCUGUGAUUUAGAUGGGCUUAAGUCGCACAUUUUUUGCUACAAAAAUUGUCAAAGCCUCAAAAGGAAGGCAAGCCCAGAAACCAAUUAAUACGAAUUUAAGUUAUAUAUUUAGAUGGUAAACAAAAUUAAAUAAUGCCUUAUCGAAGCAUUACCAUCCCUGACUUCUGCACAAUCCCCUCGAAAACCAGCAAGCCAAGAACGAACCAAAUUAAGCAUUUUCGAUUGUAUUGAUAAGCGAUUAUAGUCCCAGAAUACAGUUGUGUUAUAUAAAUAAGUCACUAUGCUAAAAGUGCCUUUCUGCUAAAUCUCAAAAUUACCCAUUGGAACCCCUUGUCCUAUUGAUUUAAAAACUUUAAGAACCACAUGUUCAUCCAGUCAAACCGCAUUUUAUGUCUAAUCCUUCUCCUACUAAGUGCAUUUGCAAUCGAUAAACCAAUAUAAAGAUAAAUAUGAUCUAUUUAAUAAAUUAAUAAAUUUAAGUCGCACACGUGUAGAGUUGCGAAUCAAAUAUAAAUCCAGUUGACAACCGA